UGAAGUGUCAGAGUGAUGAAAUAGAAAAUAUACGGCGAAUGAAGAAAAGUUUAAGGCGUAAAGAUAAAAAAUAUAAUUUGUAGAAUUAUAGGAAGUGAAGCAGAGAAGAUCGUGGUGUAGAGUAUAGAUCGGACAGAUUGGAUUAAUUGAGGUGAAGGAAAAGUUUCUGUUAGCGGUCCGUGGUAUUUCGGAUACUAAAUUGUAAGUAGCAUAAGAUAGGAAGAGCAAUUGGAAAUGAAAUAAAAAUUUGUGUUUCAGCUUCGAGCAGAUAAUACCGCAACUAGCGAGUUGUACUGCUAAACGAACUCCGAACAAUUACCGCCAACAGAAAACUCGAAGAAUUUACGGUAAUUAUGUCCAACGUACGACAGACAAGGUCUAUGGCUAAAGCCGCGAAAACUAACCUCGAAAAGGUGGACAUCAAUGAAAGAGAUGAAGGAAGGUAUGAUCCAUCUUUUGUACCGUCUAUGGUCGACGAUGUUGAAGCUGAGGUUUUUGACUGUGCGUACUGUGAUCGGCCGAACACUGCCGAAUGGUAUAUGGUCCAAUGUAAGGAAUGUGAGCAUUGGUAUCAUUUCUCAUGUGCUAAAGUAAGCACAACAAGUGUUAAUAAGGCUGCCUUUUCAUGUGUGUUAUGCGUACCCCGAAUCUCCGUUCCGGCAAUCCGCUCAGACACAAGUCGGAUAACCUCAUCAAGCGCGAGGAAAGCACGAAUCGACCGGGAGUUAGAGCGUCUCGAGGAAGAACGACGCCUACUGGAUGAGCUUUGCCAAGAAAAGCUUGCGCAAGAGCAAGCGUUGUUGGAAAAGGCAAGAUUGGAGAAAUUGGAGCGGAUGAAGCUGUACAUUGCCAGAAAAUACGAUCUGCGCAGCCAACAGGAUGGCAACGAUGAACAUAGCGAAGGUAGCUAUCGUACAAACCGAACGAGCACCAGUAGGGUGGGGGUUUGGGUCGAGAGUCAGAGAAAAAUAACCGAGUUUGCUGCCGCGGAACCUACUCUACCGACUAUGGUAUCUCCGGUCGAUACACGCAACGUGAAAUUCACGUCAACUCCGUUGGCAGAGAGUGCAUCAGUAGGCAAGGUGGGUGUGCAUUCGCUGCUGUCAGGUGACAUAGCUACCGUUAGUAACAUGAACUCCCUUAUACGUACAACGGGAAGUAUUACAAUUGGUGAAAAUCUGGAGGAUGAUUCAGAUGGAAUCGUUGGUAUUGAGGACAAGUCGUACCACGAUCUGAUCUCGCCGAUACUUCCGUCGGUAAGCGUCCAGCCGCUUCUAACGUUGCUUGAAGAUGCACGUGCUGGACCGUCGAAUGUAGGUACGGUUCCUAAACUGGCCAAAAGUGUUCCAACAUACAAUCACUGGCGGCAAGAGACUGGUGCAUUGCGUUUGCAGGAACUGCACCAUAAUAAAGAGAACGAAGUAAGGAGAAAGCGGGAGCUUGCAUUGGUGGAGCAGGUGAAGCAACUGGAAAUGCAACGGGCCCAGGAUUUGCACGAACAGCAACGCAAGGAAGCCGAAUUCAAGCAACAACUGCAGAUUUUGAAGCAAGAUCAUGCGGCAGCGGAACUACAACGGCAGCAACAAAUAGCAAGUUGGGAUAGCGAGUUGCAACGUUUACGUAAGUCGGAACAGGAUUUUAUGUACCAGAUGGAGGUGUUACGUCAACGAGAGGAAGCGAAAGAAACGCGAGAUGCGCUAGUGUUCCAAAGUCAAUCGCAUUUGGUGACCGAGGCGAUGGGAAGUAAAGAGUCGGUCUGCUCCAAACAACAGCAAUCUCAGAGAGAAAAUCUUCGACCUCUUCACGGCAACCACAUGAAGAUAUCUGGUGAUAUCUACAGCGACGUGGCAGCUUCGGUAAGUGCUGGAACUUAUCAAGCAUCCCAUACACCUGUAGUAGAUUAUCGCCCCUCAUAUUCUAAUAAUCGAGUGAAUGAGACCACUAUCGUUUCAAGUCCAGUGGGUGGUCGUACCGACUUAGCGUUCUCAACACCCUCUCUAGCCCCUGCCCCUCAAGUCUUUCAAACCAGUGCCCUUUACGCGCCGGUUCAAACGCAGUAUGCCCCCACAGCAAACCCCUAUACAAAGAAUCAAUUGCAACUAGUUUCAAUAGGACCAACACCGCAGCAACUAGCUGCCAGGCAUGUAGUUUCAAAAGAAUUGCCAGUGUUCACAGGAGAUCCAGUUGAUUGGCCACUCUUCAUCAGUAGUUACCAACAUUCAACACAUGCGUGCGGAUAUUCUGAUUCGGAGAACUUGUUGAGGCUUCAGCGCUGCCUCAAGGGAAGUGCGAAAGAAGCAGUGAGCAGCUUCCUUCUUCACCCGUCAACAGUCUCUCAAAUCAUAUCCACCCUCCAAAUGCUGUAUGGACGUCCGGAACAGAUAGUGCAAAAUAUGAUCGCAAAGGUUCGAGCAACUCCUGCCCCAAAAGCCGAUCGACUGGACAUGCUGGUGAGUUUUGGAUUGGUGGUGCAGAACUUGUGCGGACAUUUGAAGGCGGUUGGAUUAGACAAUCAUCUGGCGAACCCAGUGUUGCUGCAGGAGCUCAUCGAAAAACUGCCGCCAGCUGUGAAGUUCAACUGGGCAUUGUAUCAGCAGCAAAUUCCGAUAGUAGAUCUGAAUAUUUUCAACGACUAUAUGGCAAAAGUUGCGUCUGCUGCUAGCAGUGUGACACUUAUGAGCGGAACUACAACGAAGCCCUUGCGAGAUGAGCACAAAGGAAAGGAGAAGGCUUACGUAAAUGCACACUCAUCGGAGCGAAUUCAGCAUGAGGAUAUCGAAAAUGAUAAUCGGGACAACGAGAAUCCACCAUCAGUUUCUACUACUCCAGCUCCCACUACUACGAGGAGGACGGAGUCCUGUCCAGCUUGCGGUGGCUGGAGCCACCUAGCUAGUAACUGCGCAACAUUCAACAAGCUCUGCGUCGAUGAGAGGUGGAAGAUCGUAAAAGAUCGCAAGCUUUGCCGACGAUGCCUCACACCUCACAUUCGCUGGCCGUGCAAGGGAGAAGUUUGCGGAGUCAAUGGGUGCCAGAAGCGCCAUCACCGUCUUCUCCACUACGAGCAAUCGCCAGCUGAUUCCGAGAUGAGUAGAUCGAACGUGAAUGCCACGGUGACAAUUCAUCGUCAAAUGACAUCAUCUACGCUUUUUCGAGUUCUACCUAUGAUGGAUCAUCGACGUGUGUUGGAACAGUCGAUUGCGGAUUCUUUGGGUCUAGAGGGGAAGACGGAGCCUCUGUGUAUCCAGUGGACGGGUGGUAUCAACAAAAAAAUGUCGGGAGCCCGACGAAUGAGUUUGGAGAUAUCCGGAGCUGGGAGUGAAAAGCUGUUCAACGUCGCCGAAGUGUACACUGUGGACAAUCUCGGGCUUCCUGAACAAACUCUGGAGUUCGGCGAGAUGGAGAGACAGUACGACCACCUGCGAGGUCUCCCAGUUAGCAGCUUCAAGUCAGCCGUUCCACGAAUGCUCAUCGGAUUGAACAAUACACACCUGUUGGCUACACUAAAGCUGCGAGAAGGCCGUCCGUUAGAGCCAAUUGCAACGAAAACCCGUAUUGGCUGGGCGGUUUACGGAAAUUUACGAGAGGACACGGAGUCAUUUCAGCAUCGCCAAAUGCAUAUUUGCGCUCGAUCAGACGACCAGCUCCAUGAUUAUGUCCGUCAGUUCUUUUCGGUGGAAAGUAUGGGUGUGACGGUAGCUCCUUCUAUUGAAGGUAUCGAGGAUCAAAGAGCACGGAAAAUAUUAGAGGAGACUACGGUGCGUACAGCAAGUGGGAGGUUCGAAACGGGUCUUUUAUGGAAACACGACCAUGUCGAGUUCCCUGACAGUCGUCCAAUGGCGGAGAAACGUUUGCGGUGUCUAGAGAAACGUCUAUCGAAGAACCCCGAGUUGUAUGAAAAUGUUCGCCAACAAAUAGUAGAUUUCCAACAGAAGGGAUAUGCGCAUAAGGCAACCAGUGAUGAAUUGGCUAGUUUCGAUACCAACCGAACUUGGUACUUGCCACUCGGAAUGGUAUUGAAUCCAAAAAAGCCUGGAAAAGUGAGGUUGAUUUGGGACGCCGCGGCAAAAGUCAAAGGCGUAUCAUUAAACACGAUGCUGUUGAAAGGACCGGAUCUGUUAACACCCCUGUUGUCCGUAUUGUAUCGCUACCGCGAACGAGAGGUUGCGAUAUGCGGAGAUAUAAAGGAAAUGUUCCACCAAAUUUUGAUACGGGAGAAAGAUCGCAGUGCGCAGCUUUUUCUCUGGAGGAACACUCCUGAUCUGCCGAUGGAGACGAUGGUAACAGACGUCGCGAUAUUUGGUGCGACGUGCUCGCCGGUACAGUCGCAGUAUGUGAAAAAUUUCAACGCAACGGAGAACGAGAAAGAGUAUCCUAAGGCUGCAGAUGCUAUAAAGAAAAGGCACUACGUAGAUGAUUACCUGGAGAGCUUAGAUACUAUAGAGGAAGCAGUCGGAUUAGCGCUAGAGGUUAGUGAAGUUCACGCAAAGGCCGGAUUUCAGAUACGGAACUGGAUUUCCAACCAUGAAGUUGUGCUGAAACGUAUCGGGGAAGUCAACCCAACGGCAGUGAAAUGUUUUGUUGCUGAUAAAGAGGUAGCUUCCGAACGACUGCUAGGGUUAGUUUGGUUGCCAAAUGAGGACGUUUUCUCAUUCACGUUGAACCUUCGGGACGAUGUCAGACGGUUAGUUCAAGGCGAAGUUAUUCCCACGAAAAGAGAGUUACUGCGAGUUGUCAUGAGCAUCUACGAUCCUUUGGGUCUCGUUGCGGCGUUUGUGAUACAUGGAAAGGUUAUUGUGCAGGAUGUAUGGCGAGCAAAUGUCGGAUGGGACGAAACUAUCCCAGAUGAGGUAUUCUGUCGAUGGGAACAAUGGCUCACAGUUUUACGGAAUAUGGAGAAUAUAAAGAUCCCUCGAUGCUAUUUUCCCGGCUACGAUAUAAAUAGUUUGGAUUCGUUGGAGCUACACAUAUUCGUUGAUGCCAGUGAGCAAGCCUUUGCAGCUGUAGCCUAUUUCAGAAUGCUGGAUCGAGGACGUGUGCGCUGCGCUCUAGUCUCUUCAAAGACCAAGGUCGCACCCCUUCAACCGUUAUCUAUCCCGCGUUUAGAACUACUUGCAGCCGUUCUAGGAGCGCGACUGAGGAAAAGCAUCGAGGAAGGACAUUCGUUUAAGAUAAAGCGUACAUAUUUCUGGACCGAUUCAACCACCGUCCGCUCAUGGAUUAAAUCCGAUCUACGACGAUAUCGUCCAUACGUGGCAUUUAGGGUUAACGAGAUACUCAGUCUGUCGAAGGUCGAUGAAUGGAGGUGGGUUCCAACACGACUCAAUGUCGCUGACGAGGCCACGAAGUGGGGACGAGGCCCGUCCUUUGAACCCGCUAGUCGGUGGUAUAAGGCACCUGAAUAUAUACACGACGAAAAUCAUGAAUGGCCAAAGGACCCUGUUGACAUCGGGGAGGCCAGCGAAGAACUACGACCAGCCUAUUUAUUAGCGCAUUUAAUUUUGAAACCGAUCGUUGAUUUUGAGCGUUUCUCGAAGUGGGAACGUCUGCAUAGAUGCGUUGCGUAUGUCCAUCGGUUCGUGGACAAUUGUCGGCGAGCGAACUCCAAGAUACCGUUGGAAACUGCUGGAUUAACUAAAGAAGAGUUGCAGAAAGCAGAGCGUAGUUUAUGGCGGUUGGCGCAAUCGGACGAGUUUCCGGACGAAGUUGCUACGUUGAAGCGCAAUCUACGAGUGAGAAACGAGGAUCGGAAGCCAUUGGAGAAAAGCAGCAAGAUCGCAACAGCCACGCCAGCGAUGGACGAGUUCGGGAUUCUCCGAGUGGAUGGACGGUCGGAAAAAGCAGAAUGCCUAACCUAUGAUGCUAAAUAUCCUGUUAUUCUGCCGAAGGAACAUCGGAUGACCAGACUUCUUCUUGAUUGGUACCACCGUAUUUACCGUCAUGCAAACAACGAAACUAUCGUGAAUGAAGUCAAGCAGCGAUUCUACGUGCCAAGGUUGAGAGUUCAAGUACGUCUUGCUAGAAAAAAUUGUACAUGGUGUCGAGUACAUAGAGCUGUUCCUGCUGUACCCAAGAUGGGUCCAUUACCUCGCGUUAGAUUGACGCCAUACUUACGACCGUUUACGUUUGUGGGAAUUGACUACUUCGGUCCAUAUCAAAUACAAAUCGGACGGAGUGUAGUUAAAAGGUGGGUGGCCCUUUUCACCUGUUUAACGAUCAGAGCCAUUCAUUUGGAAGUCGCAGCGAGCUUGUCUACAGACUCUUGCAAAAAGGCCAUUCGUCGCUUUAUCGCCCGCCGAGGCGCCCCACAGGAAAUUUUCUCCGACAAUGGUACCAAUUUUGUCGGUGCGAGUAGGGAGCUGAAGAUAGAGUUGAAAAGGGUCAACAAGGAUUUAGCGAGUACGUUCACCGAUGCCAAUACGCAGUGGCGAUUCAAUCCACCUGCGGCACCGCACAUGGGAGGUUGUUGGGAAAGAAUGGUAAGGUCGGUGAAAGUCGCACUGGGAGCCCUUCCGACGGAGCGUAGAUUAGACGAAGAGUCAUUCAUCACGUUGUUGACAGAGGCGGAACAUAUGAUUAAUUCUCGUCCCCUGACAUUCGUGCCGGUAGAAACUGCUGAUACCGAGUCGCUCACCCCGAACCAUUUUUUGUUGCUAAGCUCCAAUGGGGUUCAGCAGCCGGUAAAAAAUCCCGUCGACGCGAGGGCUGCAAUUAGGAGGAGCUGGAAUAUGAUCCAGCACGCAUUGGACAAUUUUUGGCGUCGGUGGAUAACUGAAUAUCUGCCUACAAUAACCAGACGGACAAAGUGGUUCCAGGAUGUAAGAUCAAUCCAGGAAGGUGAAUUGGUGCUGAUAGUGGACGAGAAUGUCAGGAAUCGGUGGUUGAGGGGACGUGUGGUCCGGAUAUACCCCGGAAAGGACGGAUCAGCUCGUCGUGCAGAUGUUCAAACGAGUAGUGGAAUUUUGCAACGUCCGGCGACUAAACUCGCUAUAUUAGAUGUAGGAGAUGUAGGUGACGCCGAGGCAAAAGCUCUAGCGACACGAGGGGGAGAAUGUUGAGUGUAAAGUUCCCAGAAACCCCCCGUUGCGUGGUGCGGCAAGUCAGCCCACAUUUGAAUUUACCCUAAAAUGGGUUAUGGUGAGAGAGAGUGUAGACGAGGAAAUGACCAAAACAAAGUGAAGUGUCAGAGUGAUGAAAUAGAAAAUAUACGGCGAAUGAAGAAAAGUUUAAGGCGUAAAGAUAAAAAAUAUAAUUUGUAGAAUUAUAGGAAGUGAAGCAGAGAAGAUCGUGGUGUAGAGUAUAGAUCGGACAGAUUGGAUUAAUUGAGGUGAAGGAAAAGUUUCUGUUAGCGGUCCGUGGUAUUUCGGAUACUAAAUUGUAAGUAGCAUAAGAUAGGAAGAGCAAUUGGAAAUGAAAUAAAAAUUUGUGUUUCAGCUUCGAGCAGAUAAUACCGCAACUAG